CGAAUAUUAUUUAAAGUAAAUCGUCACUGUAACGAGGAAGUGAGAGUUGCUCAAUUUGGGUAGUUCCGAAACUUUCUGUGUUCAACAUCAUGAAAUGUAAAUCCUGUUUCAGUGUUUAUAGGACAGAACACUUACUGCAUAAUGUAAAUUAAUUUCAGAUAACGGUAUGGUAUGUGACAUCAGACAUGAUCAGACAGAAUGUUUAGCAGACUUUUAGCUUAAAUUAAGCGUUUCCAGCAGUAAUAUGUGAAUCUCUGUCCGUUAGGAAUCUGUGAGCUUAACUCUUCGUUUAAUUGUAGCGUCCUAGAGUUUUGAACGUAUCAAAUAACGACAUUGACAACUAUACAUAAACUGCCACAGAAAGUUGUAGAAGUAACCUUCUGUUAUUUUCAUAUACGCGAUGAGUAAAACGAUAACCCCAUCCACGUACGUCAGGAAUUUAAAUCAUGGCAUGUUUCGUAAACUGGCUGAUUUUCUGGACCCUCAAGAAGAUUGGAAGAAGAUUGCUGUGAAUAUACAAAAACCAUCAGGAGAGCCAAGAUAUAAUCAAUUUCAUCUGAGGCGAUUUGAACAACAGGCAGCUAUUGGCAAAAGCCCAACGUCUGAAUUACUUUAUGACUGGGGAACAACAAAUUGCACGGUUGGUGAUCUUGUGGAUAUUUUGGUGCAGAACCAGUUACUCUCAUCUGCAAGCUUGUUACUUCCAGAUGCUGUAAAAGAAGCCCCAGUUGCCAUAAGGGACAGUCAAGAGGCACAAACCAUUCCUGUGGGAAGAACAGUUGAAAGUUAUGCCCCUGAUAGCACAACACAGCCAGAAGAAGAGGACUUUGAUGGCCAAGGUUUCAGCAGGUUUUCUUUCCAGGAGCUAAGAAAGCUGACCUGUAAUUUUGAUGAGCGCCCAGUAUCUGAAGGUGGGAAUAAGCUUGGUGAGGGUGGUUUUGGAGUGGUAUACAGAGCUUGCAUCGAUAAGAAAGUGGUAGCAGUGAAGAAACUAACUAUGAUAUCUGAUCUCUCACUCGAGGAGCUAAAGCUUCAGUUUAAGCAAGAAAUACAAGCUAUGAAAAUGCUGAAACAUGAGAACCUUGUAGAAAUGAUUGGGUUUUCUUAUGAUGGAGAUCAUCCUUGCUUGGUCUUUGAUUACAUGUCUAAUGGCAGUUUGCUAGACCGACUAGCGUGUCUGGAUGGGACCCCUCCACUUCCUUGGAGCAAAAGAUGUUCUAUUGCUGUGGGCACAGCAAGAGGCAUUGAAUACCUGCACACCAACCAUCAUAUUCACAGGGACAUCAAAAGUGGAAACAUCUUGCUGGAUAAAAUGUUUGUGGCAAAGAUCUCAGAUUUUGGGCUGUCACGUGCCUCAGCGAAACUGACCUCGACAGUAAUGACUGAAACGAUUGUGGGCACUACUGCUUAUAUGUCACCGGAGGCCUUAAGAGGAGAGAUCACUCCAAAGUCAGAUAUCUUUAGCUUUGGUGUUGUUUUGCUUGAAAUCAUAUCUGGACACCCUCCAGUUGAUGAGAACCGUGAUCCCAAGUUUUUGGUGAGUUGGAAAGAUGAAAUUGAAGAUGAGGAGAUAUCACUGGAGGAAUUUGUGGACAAGAAGAUAAAGGAUUGGGACUUUUCAUCAGUAGAGAAUAUGUACUUCCUUGCCAGCCAGUGUCUCAAUGAGAGAAAAAAUAAAAGGCCUGAAAUGAAAGAGGUACAUGAACAGCUUGAAGAUAUUCAGGCAACUCCCUCAUGAGGAUGGUUGGACAUUUUUUAGAUUAAGUACAGAACUGUACAAGUGCAUUGUAUUAGGAUAAAAUGAUUCCUUUUGAUGUUUUGUUUUUGAGCUCAUGUUUUAAUUGCAUCCUAGAACCCAAAAAUAUUUAUGGAAGAUAUAAUUGUAGUACAUAUGGUUGGACUUCAAGUUCAGGUUCAUCACAGACACAUCUUAUAUACCCCGAGCAAACCCGUAACAAUCUACAACUGAUGUCACAAGCACAUUUUAUACUGUUAUCAUUUUUAAUCAGGCUAUUAAUUUUUAGGCUUUUUCCAGAUAUUUUCAGCAGUUGAAAAGAUUACAAUAGCAAACUCCAGACAGCAACAAUCUGUGGAAACCUUUGGAGGUGAAUACUUUAGCAAGGCACUAUGACGGACUCUCUCUUUUUACAUUGUAGCCUAAACCUUUUUUAAAUUUAGUCCAAUCUGCCAGGUAAAGUUACAUGAAAAACGUGUAAAUGAAACAUGCAAUGACAAGAGAAUAUAUUUUAAGUGGUCUUGGAAAGCACUUUAUGUAUGUUUUCGACGCUCUUGGCUCGACAUUCUCAAUGACUAGUUAAUUAUGUAUAAAGUUUAAUUUGUUUAGAAGAGACAUGAUCCAUCAAAACUGUCUUUUUAGAUUUCUACCUUCUUUUGGAUGAUACCACUUUGCCUGACCUGUUUCUAACUUGGGUAAUUUUUGCAAAAGAGAUUUUUGAAACAAGAAAUACUCAUUCACAGAAUGGAGCAGGGAAACCAUGCUCCUUAACUGACUGAGGGUUAAUCAAACCACAUGUAUUUUAGUGCAGCUGGUAGGAUACAAGAAGUAAUAAAGUCAGAUAUGAUCAGCGUCAUUGACAGAUAACCUUAGUAAACAUUCUGUGGACCCCCUUGUAUGCUCAUUGAAUUUAUACUGUACAGUACAUUUUGAAACUAACAGCUGGAGUUGUAAUUUUAAAAAAUACUGCUUUUUCAUGAA